CUUGUCUUGAUCGUGACAUCACACGAGCAACAUGAACAGCUACCUCGCGCUACGAUGCCGCUCCGAGCAGCAAGUCAUGAAUGAGUUCACCAAGUCGAUAGCUGCAAAGGACUACACCAAGCGCACAGCGGUGCUCCUUCACGAGCUCACGUUCUUCUACGUGUCGACAAACACGGACACUGACGGAAGUAGCGCGCACAUUCACGACUCCGUGUUGAAAGAUCUCACGACUCUCCUCACAAACAUCAAGGACAAAAAAGAAGACCAGCGCAUCAUCAAGACAGUCAUGAUGGUGCUUCAGCGCAUUGCCGAGCAAAUGAUCUUCUCGCACGACCUCAAGCAGACGCUAUCCAUGUCAACUGCACCACCUCCUUCGUCGGUCAGUGUCCCUACAAGCCCUCGAGGAGACAAGACUGAGGCCAUCAUGCUUGCGUUGAAGUCAUUGACGGACUUGGUCGCCAAGGCCGAAGUCGGCAACGCAUACCCUCCUCGCCGCGUCGCUGCCUACAAACUGUUUAUUGUUCUCUGCGCUGCAACGCACCAGCCAGAGCGUCCUCUCUCGAUCACGUCAACGAUCCAGUCAUCUAGUGUGUGGACGAUGCUAAAACUCGCCGCUUCCAAGAAGAAAGGUACUGACAAGGAGUUGCCCACUCAACUCGCUCUCUUGAACGGCGCUUUUCAAGUUGCGCGCCAUUUGCCUUCCCCCACGGCUCUCGAAUCCCUUGUGAACCAGUUCAUUCAAGGCGCGUUCCUGCCCAACCGCCAUGCUGCCGCAACGUGCUUGUCCCUCUUCGACGUCAUGCCGGUCAAAGUGGUCGACGCCUUUUACGCCCAUGUCACAGCGACCGCGUCAUUUUCCCUCAACACGUCGGACGCCCUCACGACGAUCUACUUGCUGAAGUUGUGCGGCAAGAUCGCUCGUCUGCCUAUCGCUUCUUCAGCGUCGUCCAGCGCCCAGAACCUGCUCGACUUUUCAUUUGACACAACGACAAAACCGGUGAAGCGGCAGGAGAAGGCGUCCACUGGUCCGGCCAUCGAUACCCACGUGUCGGCGCGGAUAUCCGAUCUCCUCGUCGAUAUAUGCAUGCAGAAACACACGUUCGCCCUCGCUGCCGCGCCAACAUCCCCGACAAAUGUGUCGUCAUCAGCGCUUCCUACGACCGCGACAUUAGCUCCAUGCACGGUUCUCCUCACUGCGAUUCAGGAACUGGCCCUCGGUCAGUUCGCGCCCAAGUGUUUUGAAAAGGUCCGUGGCGGCUUGUCACCGUUCGAGAUUGCAGCGAACGGCGUCAACCUGAUUUUGCAAACCCACGGAGACAACCCCCUUGUCCUUCAACGUGUUGCGCGGGUCAUUCAAGUCGUCGCCGAGUGCCUCGACUUGACGCUGGUCGAGUUUACGAGUGGCGGCGGUCACUUGGACUUUUUUACCAAAGUCACCGACCGGAUGUGGCAACUUGCAAUGUCCCCGUCGGUGUACCAACCGUGCUUGAUCCAAGAGACUUUGAUUGCACUCGUGUGGCUCUUGCCCCGCACCUCUACCCAUCGCUCGUCGCUCUCGCCGAAAUCCCAAACGCAGUCGACAGCAUGGACACGCUUUCUCGUGCAUCUUCGAACGCUGUCGAGUGUUCCCGAGCUCGACCGACGCGACAUUGCGUUUGCAAUGUAUCGCCGCGCGACCUUAUUUGACCUGGACAUGCCGCUUCUCCACCGCACGAUUGCGGUCGUCCUUCACUGGUAUCGAUUGCACCCAUGCCAGUGGCACUCCGACAUGGGACUCAAACUUUGGACGACGCUGUUUGACCAUCCAUCGUCCCAGGUGAGUGACAUGUUUGCGAGUGUUGUGGCGGUGCUGGACCACCACGUGGCGCCGUCUGAGCAUCCCGCACAUGCGCAAGCAGUACAAACCAUGAAGUGCGUCGCCCUCCGCUUCCUAGCGUCUCCAACAGCGACACGACCGCUCGCGCACGAAGCGAUGGCCGGUGCGGCAUUAGACCUUGUCCUUCGCCUCACGAAGCUUGCCAUGUUGGAAGAAUUCACGAUCCGCCGCCUCAGCGUCGUUGCCAUGAUGGCCGUCGCGGAAGCAUCGCCGAAUGAGACAAGUGAGCACGUGCGCCAGGUCCUGACUGGGCUCGACAAGCACAGCCAUCAGUUGGGCAUCCAAGACCUCGUAGCGCCAUUUCUUAGCACGGGUCCAACGCCUUCGUCGUCAGCCACGGCUCCAUUCCAGUCGACGAACGUUCCUCUCGCCCGAGUGUUUUAGAAGGCGGGUGUUAGAUUAGUAAGAUAUGCCCAACGAGAUAGCUUCUCCUGGCGUGAUGAUCUGGCG